AUGAAGAGGGACUCACGAUUCACUGAUGAAGCGAAUGCUUAUUGUCAACUAGCUGUUUCAAUUUUACCCUCAUCGGAAAGUCCCACGAUCAAAGAAGUGCGUGAAGCAGAUGAAAAACUGUUCACCAAAGGUAAUGAAAAACUUAUCGGAACAUUCAAGGGUACUCUACAAGAAGAGCAUGUGAAGGUCAACUGUGCAGAGAUUCCUAUUACAAUCUAUACACCAAUAGAUGUUAACAGGGAUAAACUAGUUAUAUUUUUCCAUGGUGGAGGGUGGACUAGUUCCAGUCGCAAGACGCACCAAACAAUGGUCAAUACUCUUGCCGACGCGACAAAGACUAUUUGGAUCUCUGUCGAAUAUCGUCUUGCACCGGAACAUAAAUAUCCAAUUUGGCUCGACGAUUCAUGUGAUGUUACUCGACACAUUAUAGAAAAUAAAGUGUUCUACGGUGUCGAUCAAACAGCGAAGAUUGGUGUGGCGGGCGACAGUGCUGGUGCUCAGAUUAGCGCAUCAAUUUGUCAUACGAUCAAAAAUAUUGAUUUUCAGAUUCUCAUCUAUGGAUUUUUCGAUGCCGCAUGUAGAACACCGUCUCACAAAGAAUUUAGCGAUCCGAUGUACAUUCUUACACCUGCAACGCUUGAUUGGUUGAAGUUGCACGCAUUUCGUGAUGCAAACGAUCUGAAAGAUCCUCGAGUAUCUGUUCUUCUCAACAAAUCUUUCAACACCUUGCCACCAUGUUUAUUUAUUGCCGCCGAACUGGAUCCGCUCCGAGACGACAGUUACGCAUAUCAGGAGUUACUUGACAAGGCGAGUGUCAAAACCAACCUUUUACUUGUCAAAGGUGUCCUGCAUGAUUUUCUUGCUUUUCCAGGUACCUAUCCGAAAGCGUGUACACAAGCGGUCGAUGUCAUUCAACAAUUUGUGUCUGAACUUUAA